CAAGCACCAUCAAUAGUUUCAAAAAUCACGAUGUGGUCACGUCAUGGCGUCACCUGCGCGAGGCUCAAGACACAAAAUUUAAGAAAAAACAUUUGUGAAAAUACAACAAGUUAAGAUCAGUAUCGAAAUAAGAAAUUAAAGAAAGUUGAUCCACACAGUUGGGCAGAACUUACCAUUCCUGAGUAGAGAUGGCAGAGGCAGAGGAACCAAGAGAUGAUAUGUCUGAGAGCUCAGAAGAUGAGGCUGAUGUCUUCGAUAAUUAUGGUGUUUUCCAGAGUGACUAUGAAUUUAAAUUUGUCCAGGAGGGAAAUGAUAAGACCACCUUGAUGUUGCCUCCAGUCACAUAUGACAGUAUGGAAGUGAAAUAUUUCAAUAUUGAAAUUGAAGUAGACAGUGAAUUGCAUGUUAGUGCACUGGAGAAAGAGGAGACAGUUAAUGGCACAACUCGAUUUUUCUUCCGCAUUGCAAAGCAAGGGUUGCAAGUCGUAGAAGCAGAUGAAGUAGAAGCAUUUGAAAAACUGGGUGAAGAUGGAUAUGAAUAUGAAGAAAUAAAGGAUUAUGCAGCUGAGAAAGCUGAGAGAGCGAAAAAGCGUAAGCCUAAAAAGCCUAGAACUGCAAUGGAUGCUCAUAACUAUAGUAAACCAAAAGUUGUAAUGACGUCAGCACCAACUGUUAAAGUUGAAGAUGAAGGUGAAAAGUAUGAAGAAAUUGAAAAAGCGCAGGGUGUGGCAUUAGAUGGAACACAGCUAGAUAAAGAUACCAAUAGUUUCUUAGAGCAAUGUGACGAUGGUGAAGAAGAGAUUGAGGAUGAGGGAGAAGAUAUGGAUGAUGAUGGUGAUGAUGAUAUGGAUGAUUUUGAUGAAAUUGAGAUAGGAGAAAAUCUGACAUUACCAGGGGAAGAGGGAGAUGAUGAUGAUGAAGAUGACCUAAUGAAAACACCAAAACGAAAGGGAAAAGGGAUCAAAGGGGAGACAACAUCAGAGAAGAAGAGAAGAAAAUAUGAUAAAACAAAUUUUUACAGUAAAAACUCAUCCAACUUCACUGUGGAGAUGACUGAUGAAGGAGAAAGAAUAUACAAAUGCAAUAUCUGUGAGAAAGUCACGAAACAAGCUGGAAACAUGCGAAGUCACAUACGUAUACACACAGGCGAACGACCUUUUGCCUGUGACGUAUGUGGAUUCAAAUUUGCAGAUCUUUCUAAUCUGAGAAGCCAUCAAAUGACUCACAAUGAAGAUCGAUCAUUCAUUUGCGAAAUUUGUGGAUCAGGGUUUAAGACGCCAGGUUGCCUCAAAGCUCACUACAGGCGCCACACUCAGCCAGGCCAUUAUGAAUGCCAGCUCUGCGAAUAUCGUUGCACUUCACAAAGCAUUCUAAAUAGUCAUAUGGUAACUCACACUGGUGAGAAAAGAUUCACAUGUGAAGUUUGCUUCAGUAAAUUUGCAAGGAAAGCUAGUCUCUCACGCCACAUGCUUUUGCAUACAGGAAGCAAGUUUCAGUGUCAUAUUUGUGGAAAGAAUUUCCUUCGUAAAGAAACCUAUCGAAAUCAUCUGAUUAAGGAACAUCACUUCACAGGAAAUGAAGACUUUAUCGCAAAGAGGGUGAAUAGGGUUCUACAUGUUUACGAUAAAGCAUCCAGUGCAACUGUUCCAGAGGUGUAUGAAGAAGUCCAUAUACCUUAUGCUUCGAAUGUUCCAGAUCUGUACUGAACAAGAACUUUUUCAAAAAGAUUGUUUUUUGAGUUUUCAUGGACAUAGGUUAUGACAGAGAUGACAUUAAAUGAAGACUUUAAAUUUGGGAAAAGUUAUGAAAGAUUGUUUGUUUUUAAUGUUCAUGUAUAUAGGUUUUUCAUUUUAUUUUCAUGUAAUUUAGUGUAAAGUUUUUGUACUUAUUUUUAGCUCAGCUAUUCUACUCACCCUGGCAUCAGCAUCAGGAUUGGCAUUACACCUUGGUUAAAGUUUUGCAUGCAAGUACAUAUGGCUAUCAAUUUAAGGCAUAUAGCUUUGAAACUUAUUUUUUUCUUUUUCUUGAUCAAUUACUAACCUCACUAGGUCAAGUCCAAUAACUCUGACAUGUAUUUUGGCCAAAUCGUGCCCCCUUUUUGACUUAGAAAAUCCUGGUUAAAGUUUUACAUGCAACGAAGUUACAAAACUAAUGCAGAUAUUGAAUUGAAACUUCACAUGUGUCUUCAGGGUUAUAAAACUAGGUGAUAACAUCAAGUUCCAUAACUCUUACAUGCGUUUUGGCUAAAUUAUGCCCCCUUUUGGACUUAGAAAGUCCUGGUUAAAGUUUUGCAUGCAAGUACAUAUAGCUAUUACUUUAAGGCAUAUAGUUGUGAAACUUAUUUUUUCUUUUUCUAGAUCAAUUACCAACCUCACUGGGUCAAGUUCCAUAACUCUGACUUGUAUUUUUGGAAAAUAAUGCCCCCUCUUGGACUUAGAACAUCCUGGUUAAAGUUUUACAUGCAAGUUACUAUCACCAAAACUAAUACAGAUACUGCAUAGAAACUCUAUAGAUAUUUUAACAUUUAGGGUAAUAUUCCUUGUUCUUUAAGGACAACAAUUCGAAUAGUCAAGCAUUGGUUGUCAGUGGACAGGUCUUGUUCUGUUUUGAAGGGACUUGCCUUCUUUAAAAUGUACAGUAUUAUGCCUUGUCAAAAUUGAUUUAAGUAUCAUCAGAAUGACCUCAUCAAAGAUUUCAUUUUUAGAAAAAAUUAAAUUCACUUGCUCUCAUGUACAGAAAAAGUCUCUGAUUUUUUUUAUUUAUUUUUAGCUCACCUGAGCACAAAGUGCUCAAAGGUGAGCUUUUGUGAUCGCCCUAUGUCCGUCGUCCGUCCGUCGUCAACAAUUUGACUGUUAACACUCUAGAGGUCACAAUUUUGGCCCAAUCUUAAUGAAACUUGGUCAGAAUGUUGAACUCAAUAAAAUCUUGGACGAGUUCGAUAUUGGGUCAUCCGGGUUCAAAAACUAGGUCACCAGAUCAAAUCAAAGGAAAAGCUUUUUAACACUCUAGAGGUCACAAUUUUGGCCCAAUGUUAAUGAAACUUGGUCAGAAUGUUACCCUCAAUAAAAUCUUGGAUGAGAUCAAUAUUGGGUUAUUGGGGUCAAAAACCAGGUCACCAGGUCAAAUCAAAGGAGAAGCUUUUUAACACUGUAGAGGCCACAUUUAUGACUGUAUCUCCAUGCAUCUUGGUCAGAAUGUUAAUCUUGAUGGUCUCAAGGUCCAGUUUGAAUCUGGGUCAUGUAGGAUCAAAAACUAGGUCACCAGGUCAAAUCAAAGGAAAAGCUAGUUAACACUGUAGAGGCCACAUUUAUGACCAUAUCUUAAUGAAACUUGGUCAGAAUGUUGAUCUUGAUGAUCUAUAGGUCAAGUUCAAAUCUGGGUCAGGUGGGGUCAAAAACUAGGUCACUAGGUCAAAUCAAAGAAAAAGCUUGUUAACACUUUAAAGGCCACAUUUAUGAAUUGUUUCUUCAUGAAACAUGGUCAGAAUGUUAAUCUUGAUGAUCUCUAGGUCAAGUUCGAAUCUGGGUCAUGUGGGGUCAAAAACUAGGGCACCGGGUCAAAUCAAAGGAAAAGUUAGUUAACACUUUAGAGAUCACAUUUAUGACCAUAUCUUUAUGAAACUUGGUCAGAAUGUUAAUCUUGAUGAUCUUUAGGUCAAUAGGUCAAGUGAGCGAUACAGGGCCUUCAUGGCCCUCUUUUCUUUUUUUUAUCAGGAGGCCAGUCUGUAACAGCAAAAUGUUCAGAGAACACAUUUUUCUUAAACACUGACCUUGGACUCUUAAGAUAUGGACCCUUUAUGCAGUCAAGGCUAUUUCAAUUCUCUGGAAAGUGAACAUAAUAUUAGAGUUUAAAGCAAUUCACUGACAGACCUUUGACUUGAAAUUUUAAACUUCUAUUUCUAUUGUUGUGUGGAACCAGUAGUUUGAUGUUUAACUUUACAGAAAUGAAGAUUAUUGGAAAAUUUGUCAACAUCUAUAAAAUCUGUGAGAAUAUCCUAGGAAGAAUAGAAUGCAACUUAGCAAAAAUAGCUCAGAAAAACAAAACCUGGUGUGUGUGAACAGGGUCCUUAUUCACAUGUUAUAAUAAACCGGAAAAGAAGCCAGUCUGUGUGAACAGGGUCUUUAUUCAUAUGUUGUAAUAAACUUGGAAAGAAUUAUUUUUAUUAGCUCACCUGUCACGUGACAGGGCGAGCUUUUGUGAUCGCCCUUCGUCCGUCCGUCGUCCGUCCACAAUUUCUUGUCUGCCAAUAGUGGUUUCAUAUAUGAUUUUAUUUUAACCAAACUUGCACACAACUUGUAUCACCAUAAGAUCUUGAUAUCUUUCUUGAACUGGCCAGAUCCCAGUAUGAGUUCCAGAGUUAUGGCCCCUGAAAGGGCCAAAAUUAGCUAUUUUGACCUUGUCUGCACAAUAGCAGCUUUAUUUAUGAUUUGAUAUUUAUCAAACUUGCACACAACU